CCAAAAUAGAGUGCUUUUACUAUAAAGUAAACAAAGACAAGCUUCACUUGUUACAUACAUUUAAAGCUGUAUUACCAAACUGAAAUCAAUUAUAGUGUAUUUACAAAGUCACAAAAUGAGCAGCGAAGAUUUAUUGGCGAAAUUCGACGAAUUGGUGAAGCGAUUCAAAGAGGAAUUCAACGAAAUUAUCCAAGGCGAGCGAGCAAAAAUGAAGGCGGAAGUGGAACAGUACAACGCAGAGAAGCAACGAAUGAAACCUUUCGAAGUUAGCGACGAUGAUAUAAUACAUCUCAACGUCGGAGGAAAAAAAAUCACCAGCACAAGAUCUACUUUGUGUCAAGUAGAAGGUUCCUUACUUGCCACCAUGUUCAGUGGAAGGUGGGAAGAUGGUCUCAAGCGUGAUGAAGAUGACGCCGUCUUCUUUGACGUCAACCCACAAUAUUUUGGUUAUAUUCUGGAUUAUCUUCGCACGAAGAAAAUUGCGUCGCGAGAAAACCCUGCAGAAUUGCCAAAAGUUCCAAGAGAUCAAGUGAAACAUUUCAACACAUUUGUCGAAUAUCUUGGCUUGAGUGAUGAAAUCGCAGUGCCUGUCGAAAUCGUCCCCAUUGAGAUUGUGCCAAGCGAGAAAUUUAAUUUACAUGCGCCUGAAAUCACUCUUCAGGAAGCGGAGAAAGUCGCAGUUCACGCUCCAAAUAGAGAGUAUCGACAUGUUCUUGGUGAAAAUAUUUACCAACAAGGGAGAGUACGUCUCAAAUUGAAGUUGGAAUCAUUUCAAAGUAAUCAUUGGAUGUUUGUUGGCAUCGUGAAAGGAGAUGGUCUACAAGAAAUUAACGACAAUUCACAUGAUUGGCCUGGUUCGUAUGGAUGGGCACUCGGGACAACUGGUCAAGUAUGGAAAGAAAGGGCGCUUACAUAUGACAAUACUUUAAGAAAUCUCACCAAGGCAGGUGACACAGUUGAGUUAGUCUUGGAUUGCGAUGCAGCCAAGCUGUCACUUCAUUUGCCAACUGGUCAGGAAUUUCACAUUGAUUUACCAAAGUCCCAAACCUGGAAACUGAAUGUAAAUUUGCAUGGCGCAAAUGACAAAAUACACAUUAUUGAACGAUGA